AAUUAAUUUCGAGUUUAUUUGCCACUAAUAUUACAUCAAUUAUAUCAUUAGCUGUUUAAGUUCCUCAUUUCACACACACUGCUUAAACGGUGUGUUAUCAUCUACCACGACACGACUAAUCAUAAUUCAUCCCUCACCCACCCAGUAUUAUUAUCAUAAUUCUUCAUUAAAUUAAUCCUUACAUAUUUGUUUUAGGCACUCAUAUUUCAUAUAAUAAGUUAUCUACUAUUUUCUCCUUUUUCUGAUCAUCUAUUUGUUUUUUCGUUUUGAUUAAGUUAGUGAGCUGAUAACAUGGCGGUCGAAAGGUCUGGAAUUGCUAAAGAUGUUACAGAAUUGAUUGGCAAAACCCCGUUAGUGUAUCUAAAUAGACUUGCAGAUGGUUGUGUUGCUCGAGUUGCUGCCAAACUGGAAUUGAUGGAGCCAUGCUCUAGUGUAAAAGACAGGAUUGGCUACAGUAUGAUUGCUGAUGCAGAAGAGAAGGGGCUUAUCACACCUGGACAGAGUGUCCUCAUUGAACCAACAAGUGGUAAUACUGGCAUUGGAUUAGCCUUCAUGGCAGCGGCCAAGGGAUACAAGCUCAUAAUUACCAUGCCUGCUUCAAUGAGUCUUGAAAGAAGAAUCAUUCUAUUAGCUUUUGGAGCUGAAUUGGUUUUGACAGACCCUGCAAAGGGAAUGAAAGGAGCUGUUCAGAAAGCUGAAGAGCUGUUGGCUAAGACACCCAAUGCCUACAUACUUCAACAAUUUGAAAACCCUGCCAAUCCCAAGGUACAUUAUGAAACCACCGGUCCAGAGAUAUGGAAAGGCACGGAUGGGAAAAUUGACGCAUUUGUUUCUGGGAUAGGUACUGGUGGUACCAUAACCGGUGCUGGGAAAUAUCUUAAAGAGCAAAAUUCCAAUAUAAAGCUGAUUGGUGUGGAACCAGUAGAGAGUCCAGUGCUCUCAGGGGGAAAACCUGGUCCUCACAAGAUUCAAGGGAUUGGUGCUGGCUUUGUCCCUGGUGUCUUAGAAGUUAAUCUUAUUGAUGAAGUCGUUCAAAUAUCAAGUGAUGAAGCAAUAGAAACUGCGAAGCUUCUUGCUCUUAAAGAAGGCCUAUUUGUGGGAAUAUCUUCUGGAGCUGCAGCUGCCGCUGCGAUUAAGAUAGCCAAAAGGCCAGAAAAUGCUGGGAAGCUUAUUGUUGUCGUUUUUCCAAGCUUUGGCGAGAGGUACCUGUCCUCUGUGCUAUUUGAGUCAGUGAGACGGGAAGCUGAAACCAUGACUUUCGAGCCCUGAAUCAUUGUUUAAGGCUUUAAAUUGCUUCACUUAUGAUUUUUCUUGAGAAUUUUCAUGGAUAUCGAUUCAAAUAAAAUUUGCUGUAUUCUGAUUCUGUAAUAAAACUUGUAGAAAAAUCCUUGACCAAAAAAAAAAAAAAAAAAACUUGUAGAAAAAUCGGAUGGAAUAAAUAUGGCAUUUGUGAGUAUUGUACUGUUUUUCUUAAAGUUAAGAAUGAAUAGUUGGGGAAGAAUCUAA